AUGAGUGACGGAGAAUCCUACAGUAGUCAACCUCCGGCAUUAGAGGAUGCAGAUCUUGACGAUGUUUCUUCGAACGCAUCUUUUGUCAGUGAUGACUCCGACAGUGUUUCCAUUGAUACAGACGCUAGCGAUGACUCGGAAUAUAGCUCGGACCACAGCGACCACCGCAAUAACAACGGAGCUUUAGGAACGCCCUUUGUUGUCCCUUUAAAAGAUGACAGCGACUCAGAGGAAUCCGACUCGGCGCCUCCAACUGCCCAUAACGGCAGCCGUGUCCGAAGGCAAUCUUCCAGCGCUGGAAGACUUAGUACUAUGAGGGCCGCUGGGGCCGCUGCACAAGCCACUGGCGAGGAAGGGCCCCGUCGGAGGGCACCUCCGAGGACUAAAUCAGGAGACGGACUUGCUGGAAGUGCCGGUGGCCCUCGUCGCCGUGCUCCAGCCCGUACCAAAUCGAGCGAAUUGACUUCUGCUCUUGUGGAGCCAAAAGAGGUGGAAGAGGAAGAGCCUGGCGGUGGUGAUAGAAAAGAGGAGGUAUUAAAAAGAAAUAUGGCAAGGCGCCAAAAAUCUAGUGAAAUGUUAACGGCCAUGCAGGAUGCGACUCGCAAGGCACCCAACCGAUCCAAGUCCAGCGGUGCGGCACUGCAAAGACGGCCACCUCCACGCACAAAAUCUGGAGAUAUGGGCAGUGCCGCAAUUGCUGGUGCAGGUGACGACAACCGCCCUCGCAGACGAGCGCCCAACAGAACGAAGUCAGGAGAUGGCCUUGGACCGCGCCGAAGACCGCCCCCAAGAACAAAGUCCGGGGAUGUAUCGUAG